CCCAUGGUGGACAGAGCAUCGAACAGAUCAUUGAUCGAAGAGAGACCACCAUGAGCGGCAUUACCAAUCCCAUGCGAGGUCAUUCGAGCCGCCCUCAGGCUCAAAGCAUUGUAUUAAAAUACAAAGCCUUUGCUACCCAUUUGUUAGUGGGAGCAGUGUGCUUUUAUGCUGGAAUUGGAGUUGGUGUGAGAGUUGGGUUUGUGGACUGCAAAAAAGAAUGCUUGAAACAAGAGAGCAAUAUCCUGCUGAAAAGUCAGCUCAUGGCGGGACAAAGAUCAAUGGAAGAGAAGAAUCCAGUUGCUUGUGACCAGAAGAGCGAUGGAGGAGGAGGGGGUGGCAGCAGUGGCAAAAGAUUUCCAGACAAUAUGUCUCAUUUCUUGACGGGGAUGGCCCAAUUUGAUCGCGACAAGUUUAACACUCGCUUUGAUGUUGGAGUUCCAUUGGAUCCAUCCUCCAGAAACAACGACAAAGUAGUGCUCCUAUACAAUGAUCCACAGUCUCUGCCUGAUGACCCGUCUUUGGUGGAUAGGAUUAUUGGCGGUGGAGAUCCACCCGAAAUAGCCGAUAUUGAACAAGCAACCAAAAACUGUGAUGUACUGGAUCUCAUUUUGGUCCAACCUAAAACGAAGAGGCAAUGUAUGGCAAUGGUGGGACAGUACCAGUCAUUUCACAUUCAAAAGUUUAUGAGGCUGCCCCCGACGGAGGGCGAAAAGCUAGACUCCUCCGCCCCACUUCGACUUCUAAAUAGAGGAGCACAAGCCUCGGGGAGAUUAUCCGCAAAACCGCCAACAAAAGUCCAAACGUUACAAUACUGGAACACUUUGAAAGUGUAUCUAGACACGCUAGAGUCUGUAUUGAAUGAACUCAAGCCAAUAGCCGAAAGGGUGGCGAAACAAAACACCAUCAUUGUCAUGGUUUGUAACCAUGGACAGAGCGAACUAUUGAUGAAUUUCGUAUGUGCUGCCAAGUCUCGCAACCUGGACAUUUCGACGGUUCUGGUGUUUGCAACUGAUAUGGAGACACAGGAAUUAGCAGAAGGACUCGGCUUGGCCGUAUUUUAUGACAAGACGAACUAUGCUUCUGCUCCGAAGAACGCAGCCAGAUCCUACGGUGACAGGGCAUUCACUGCAAUGAUGAUGGCCAAGGUAUACUGCGUCCAAAUGGUUGCCUUCCUUGGUUACGAUGUAUUGUUUCAAGAUGUCGACAUGGUGUGGUUUAAAGACCCUCUGAAAUACUUCCAUGAUGAGAACUCACCUAGCCAUGGAUUUGAUAUCUACUUCCAAGAUGACGGCUCUAGAGGUAUAUUCUGGGCACCGUUUUCUGCCAACACUGGAUUUUACUAUGUGAGAGCAAACGAUAGGACCCGGAACUUUUUCAAUGCUCUUCUGAUGGCAGGUGACCUGAUUGUUUCGACAAAGAGCCACCAAAUUGCACUUGUGGCACUUCUUAGUGAGCACACUUCCUUGCAUGGAAUGAAAGCAAAGGUCUUGUCUCGUGAUGCAGAUGAAUUCCCUUGUGGCCAUGCCUUCCACUAUCGAAAGGAUUUCAUGAGGGACAUAUUUGCUGGCAAGGUAGAGCCAUAUAUCUUUCAUAUGAGUUGGACUCUGAACAAAGACAACAAACAAAAGUUCUUCCGUCAGAUUGGGGAAUGGUAUUUGAAAGAUCAAUGUGUUGCUAGUACCGUCGACAAAAUUCUUGACAAGGGUACCCGAUUUACCCAAGGAAGUCUACUGGAGCCAUGCUGUUCAGCCGAAGCUUUGUUUUCGUGCUUCUACAGCGACAAGCCGAGCAAAUAUCCAUGCAAAGACAGCCCAACAAUUGACAAGGGAGGCAGGCCAUUUUGGAAGUAGCUUCAACCAACGACUCGGGACGUGAUGGGACGACGCAGCAAUUUUCAUCUUGGCGUAUGCGACGGCUGCCAGCGGCCACAACAACCUUCCUUGGUACUCGAUCCAACUUUGAUCGCACAUUCGACAACAUGAUGUGGUGCGAAACAAAAGGGUUGGUCUGCUUUGCACUAUGAAAUCACAACUACGGAAGUACAGUACGUCGCCUCCCUCUUCGUCGAAGUGGGUUGUACAAACUAUAGCUAAACAGCUGAACAACUGGAAGGCGCCAUUUUUAUAGUCCGUACUUGAGCGUUGCUUCACAGCAACAGUUUGACAAGCUACAAAAAUUCCAUCCCUUAAAAAGCUGUAUAAAGGGGAGAAUUCUAAGUUAGGCUUGAGGGGUUCGCACUUCCCACAAGAACCUUUCAGGAUCAUUGAAAGUACUUCCUCCUGGGACCAGCGACGGGAGAAAGUCCCUCAUGAUUGUUGCAUUCUGUUUUUGGUAAUGAAUGAGACCCAGUAUUGCAUUGGCUGCAGUUGCAACGUUUUCUCCACAUUUGUCGUCCUUUCCCAGAAAGAGUUGCCACCAGGGAGCUGGUUUCAUUGGUAGUUCGAUCUUCAUGUCUCUACAUGCCAAGUAGAUUGCUGCACACGUCUUUGGAAAAGCAACACAGAAGAAGUGGAGUAAGAAGUUUUGGACACGGAUUGAGUGGCAAAAAUGGCACUAGAUCUAUGCACGCCAAACAAAACAUCAAGCAAGCCAUCUGCACUUACAAUGACUUCUGAAUCAAAUCUAACACAAAGGUCCAGCCGACAGGAAUCAUUGCAGUAGCUCCAUGCCCUCUGAGCCAGAGCAAAAUGCCUGAUCUCUCUCUUGUUGCCGUUGGUUUCUUCGCCCUUCUCAUCUUUCCCCGAUUUAUUGUUGUCAUUGUUCUUUUCGUCGGCUGUUUCAUUGACAGUUUCACCAUCCUUGUUCGCAUCUGCUUGAUUGUCAUCUCCAGAGCUCGUCGAAUUGUCCGCAAUGGGCACAGGCUCCAAACCCAACAGUAUCCUCACGAACUCCCACAAGAAUUUGUGUGGAUGAGCGUCUGGAAUCCAAUAGAGUGUAAAACCCAACUCUCUUAGAACUUGAUUUUCCAUUUCCACCACAUUCUCGUAGUACUCCUUCCAGACAGGUCCUAGCUUGGACAUGGACGGAACCGAGGAACUGUCCUUGGUGCUAAUGAUAAGGUGUCUUCGUUUUCGAUACAAAUGAUCGAAAAAGAGGACAAUGCUGCGAAUGGUCCGUUGUUGGGGUCCAUCUUGAACCUUUGUGGCGAGCAGCAGACUGGCCAUGGCUACACUCCAAACGUUGUAUUUCGUCAAGGAUACGCGAUGAUAGAACCGAUGAAAAAUGGUACAGGCCGUGGCGUACGUCGAAGCAUUCAGUUUUUGCAGCUUGGUGGCGGCAUAGAGCAGAGACGUCCCAUAGAGACGAUGCGUUCGUUCUACCUCGGCUGAAAUGCCAUGGCGUCGAGAUGGAGUUUCGUGUGCUGUGGACAGGAUAGGAACAAUGGAGCGAUCGACAACCGACAUCACAACGGGAUCAUCGGAAGUGGAUGUCAUGGUGCCGAUUUCUUGCUUGAUCG